UGUUUAGCUCCGUGUGUCGCUGUCCACUACAUCGGUGGUGCUGGUUUGGUAAUCCACAUUCUGAGGUGCAUAUCUAAGCAUCAACAAACGCGAAGAUGGCGGCCAGGACAAUGCAAGCGGCGCGAUGCCCCACAGACGAACUCUCUCUGACCAACUGCGCCGUGGUGAGUGAGAAGGAUCUGCAGUCUGGACAGCAUGUGACGGUGAAGACCACGCCCAACCACAAGUUUGUGUUUACAGUAAAGAGCCACCACACUGUGACGCCCGGCACUAUUGCCUUCAGUUUGCCCCAGAGAAAAUGGGCUGGUUUAUCCAUCGGACAAGAAGUGGAAGUGGCCAACUACAACUUUGACAAGUCUAGGCAGUGCGUCGGCCUCAUUACCAUUGAGAUUGACUUCCUCCAGAAGAAGAGCACAGACACCAGCCCCUACGACUCGGACAAGAUGGCCAGCGAGUUCAUUCAGCAGUUCAACAACCAGUCCUUCUCUGUGACCCAGCAGCUGGUGUUCAGUUUUUGUGACAAACUCUUCGGCUUGAUGAUUAAGGAUAUAGAGGCCAUGGAUUCUAGCAUCCUGAAAGGGGAGGCACCAUCUGGGAAAAAACAAAAGAUUGAGAUUGGCCUGUUGGUAGGCAAUAGUCAAGUGAUUUUCGAGAAGGCAGACAGUUCCUCACUCACAUUAGUGGGCAAGGCUAAGACCAAAGAGGCUCGCCAGACCAUCAUUAACCCCGACUGGAACUUUGAGCGUAUGGGCAUCGGUGGUCUGGAUAAGGAGUUUUCUGACAUCUUCCGUAGGGCCUUCGCCUCUCGUGUCUUCCCCCCAGACAUUGUGGAACAGAUGGGUUGUAAGCACGUGAAGGGUAUCCUGCUCUUCGGUCCUCCCGGUUGUGGUAAGACCCUGAUGGCUAGGCAGAUCGGCAAGAUGCUGAACGCUCGCGAGCCCAAGAUAGUCAACGGCCCUGAGAUCCUCAACAAGUAUGUGGGAGAGUCAGAGGCCAACAUCAGGAAGCUGUUCGCAGAUGCUGAGGAAGAGCAGAAAAGGCUGGGCGCCAACAGCGGCCUGCACAUCAUCAUCUUUGACGAGCUGGACGCCAUCUGCAAGCAGAGAGGCACGGGCGCCAGCAGCACAGGCGUGCACGACACUGUGGUCAACCAGCUGCUGUCCAAGAUCGACGGCGUGGAGCAGCUCAACAACAUCCUGGUCAUCGGCAUGACCAACAGGCCUGACUUGAUUGAUGAUGCUCUUAUGCGACCUGGCAGAUUUGAGGUCAAGAUGGAGAUUGGUCUUCCUGAUGAAAAGGGUCGUUACCAGAUCCUGAACAUUCACACGAAGAAGAUGGUAGAGUUCAACCUGCUGGCCGGUGAUGUGGACAUCAAAGAGCUCGCAGCUGAGACCAAGAACUACAGUGGUGCUGAGAUAGAGGGUCUUGUCAGAGCUGCCCAGUCCACUGCCAUGAACCGCCACAUCAAGGCCACGUCCACAGUGGAAGUGGACAUGGAGCGCGCCGAGAAGCUACAAGUUCACAGGGAUGACUUUAUGGGAUCUCUCAACAAUGACAUCAAGCCUGCCUUUGGUACGAACCAAGAGGACUACUCAAGCUACAUCAUGAACGGCAUCAUCAAAUGGGGUGACCCAGUCAGCCAUGUUCUGGGUGAUGGUGAACUGCUGGUGCAGCAGACCAAGAACAGCGACCGCACGCCCCUGGUGACCGUCCUACUGGAGGGGCCACCCCACAGUGGUAAGACCGCUCUGGCUGCCAAGAUUGCAGAGGACUCAGAGUUCCCCUUCAUCAAGAUCUGCUCUCCGGAUAAGAUGAUCGGUCACUCUGAGAUCUCCAAGUGCCAGGCCAUCAAGAAAGUUUUUGAUGAUGCCUGCAAGUCACAGCUGAGCUGUGUGGUCGUAGAUGACAUUGAGCGUUUGCUGGAUUACGUGCCAAUUGGUCCUCGGUUCUCCAACUUGGUUCUACAGGCUCUACUUGUUCUGCUCAAGAAAACUCCCCCAAAAGGUCGUAAGCUGUUGGUGAUUGGUACGACCAGCCGUAAGGAUGUGCUGCAGGAGAUGGAGAUGCUGGAUGCCUUCAGUACCUCCAUCCACGUGCACAACAUCUCCACAGGAGAACAUCUCGUGGAGGCUCUGGAGCUCCUGGGCAGUUUCUCAGAGCCUGAGCGGGCCAACAUCGCCCGGGAGGUGAAGGGCAAGAGGGUGUGGAUCGGCAUCAAGAAGCUCCUCAUGCUCAUCGAGAUGUCCCUACAGAUGGACAAGGAUUACAGAGUCAGCAAGUUCUUGUCGCUGCUAAGAGACGAGGGGGCGAUGGACGACGGCAGUCAGAUCCGAGUAUAAGUCCCUUUUGUCUCACUGCACUGUUCAGCCAAAUCUGUCCUGUAUGUGGCCAGUUCUAGGAGACAGAAGAGGAGAGGAGGAGAGGAGAAGAGAGGGGGUCCAUCCCGCCAGAGAGGCGCCCCGUCAUGCAUGUUUAUGAUGGCAGACCGAGAUUGUUCCUGCUACAGUCCAGCACCACCCGCACACACACACACACGCACAUGCACAUGCACAUGCACACGCACAGCACACACACACACACACACACAAACACACACACACUUCAGAGACAAACACCUUCAGUGGGAGAGCAGUAAUACUCCAUGUUGUCGGUAUUAAUGCAAUAUCAAUCUCCAAGUGUCGUCUUGUGCUUUUGUGUGCCGUGUCUAUUGCUAAUGUAUGUUUCUAUCUAUAGUCUGAAAGAAAUGAUACAGCACAUUUCUGUGAAUCCUGAGCCUAGGAGGUGUGCAACAGUAUGACAAAGUAUACCAUAUAUGUACUAUAUGUACAUAUAUAUAUAUAUAUAUAUAUACAUUAUGCAUAUAUGAGAUGUAAGUCUUUAAAACUAACCUAGAAAUACAAUCAGAGAAGGCCUGUAGUUUGUGUAAAGUGGAAAUGUAAUUUAUUGUCUGUGAUGUGUGUAAAUGCAAACUAUCCAUCUACUCUAUAUUUAUUAUUUUUUUUGUACAUAGGACACAUUACAGUGAGCUCAUUCCAUUAAAUGACAUUUGUUUAUGUAUAGCCUCUGUAUACAUAUCAGACCUAUAUGUUUUGCUCCUGUGUAGAUGGCAGUUGGGUCAAGUACAGUAUUUAUAUACAGUUUACUUUCUGCAUAAUGUAAAUGUCAAAAGUCAGUGUUUGGAAAAAAUACCACACUUAUACAUAUAGUGAGAUUUAACCAAGAGAACAACCUUUAAUGUAUCGUAGGGUGAAUUAGUUCUGCACUGGAUUUCGAUCUUGUACUCAUGUACUGUGGAUGACUGUUCAGGUUUGGUGUGUGUGUUUGUGUGUGUAUACAGUGUGUGUGUGUGUAUGUGUGUGUGUGUGUGUGUGUGUGUGUGUGUAUGUAUGUAUGUAUGUAUGUAUGUAUGUAUGUAUGUGUAUGCGUAUGCAUGUGUGUAUGCAGUUUUGAAGUGUUGGAAGAUUUAAUCAGUGUGUGUGUGGUGUGUGUAUGUGUACACUGUGAGUAUUUUUGUCCAUGUUUUUGCCUGCCUAAGGACCUCAUGUUCUUAAUUAUGAUCUUUUUAUUUCUUCUUUUUUGGUAACAAGUGUGUUAACCGGAGUACUUUAUCACCAUUAAAGAUGUAUGGCAAGGA